AUGAUUUCCUCUGCUCAGUUGCAACCCAAUUCACAGCCUACACUGUCUGCUCACUAUCCCUCGAUCCACGAAUCUUCCAAUGCAAACUCGAAUGCUAAUAUCAGUUCCAAAUCAAAAACCAAUUUGAACACCAAUUCAAGCUCGAUUGCUGAUCCAAAUGUCUUUAAAACAAAAAAGAUCAAAUGGCUUAAUCCAGUUUUUAAUACCUACUUGCUUUCUCGUAUUUUGAUCCAAAAUUCUAAUGGUCCUUGUGCCUUGUUAUCAAUAAUCAACACCAUGAUUUUGAGCUAUCAGCUAAGCUAUAAUUUAAAUUUUGAUGCUAAUUCUGAUGUCAAUGGUGGGAUAUUUAACAUCACUAUUGAGGAAAACAGAAACAAACAAAUAGAGGCAUUGAUUAGAUCUGUCUAUUUAAAAGAAACCUUGGACCUAAAUGAAUUAAUAGACCACUUGGCUAACAUUAUGCUAUAUAAUACCAACCAAUUGGAAAAGAAAAAAGAGAAAAAAAUAAUUGAAGAUGGUUUGAAUUUCACCUUUGAAAGUGAUUACAAUUAUAAUUAUGAUCACCCAGAUAGUAUUAAUGAAAUCGAUAAAGGGAAAGGAAAAGAAAAAGAAAUAGAAAACAGAAAUGCUGAUAUUAUCGAUUUGUCUAUGAACAACAAUAAUGCUUUUAAUUACGACAUUGAUUUUGAUUUUGAUUUUGAUAACAAUGAUGCAAAUUUGGUUUUGAAUCUUUUGCCCAAUUUACAUCAAGGUUUAAAUAUUAACCCAAAUUUUCUCAAUAAUGGUUUCGAUAAAACCAAUAUAUCAAAUAUGUUUGAUAUCAAUAAAGAUGACUUUGAUUUAGAUUAUUUUUUCAAUGGUUCACACUAUUUUAAAAAAGCAGACGAUAUAUCAGCUAAUGAUAUAACUAUAGAUAAAAGCAAUCGAAAUAAUGACAACAUCAAUCCAGAACUUUCUCUCUUUAAAGUUUACAAUCUAUUACUACUACAUGGAUGGACAAUUGAUACAAACAAUAAUAGAGCUACAAAAAAUGAAACUUUUACUGAUGAUGCUAAUAUUUUUAAUGAUGGUAAUGAAAUUAAUAAUAGUAAAAAUUUAAACGAGCUUGAUAACGAAUCAAUUAUAUUGAAUAAUUUAUUAAAAUAUUUCAAAAACUAUGAAAAUUUACAAAAUUUUUUACUUUAUAUUCAAAUUUAUUUCCAGAAUUUCAACUUAUUUAAUAUCAAUGAUGACCAUAAAUUAAUUGAUAAAAUUAAAAUUGAUUUAUUCUAUGAUAGCAGCAAAAAUGAAAAAUCAAACGAUAAGAAUAUUAUUAAUGAAAAAACAAAUAACUCAAAUUUAGAUGAAAAUCUCAUUUUUAAUUGUGGAGAAACAAUUAUAAAAAUUGAUGAAGGAGAUGGAAGUUCCAAAGAGUCAUUUUUGAAUCCAUUUCAUAACUUAAAUGAGAUAAAUUCUAUCAAAAGUGUAGAGAAUAGUAUUCGAGAAAAAAGUAAUAAAGAAAAUAAAAAUGAAACAUUUGAUCAAAAUAGUUCUUCUAAUGAAAGUUUGGGCUCAAACCCUUUUAAUAAUUAUAAUAAAAAAAGAGAAAAAUUAAUAGAAAAUUCUGAAAAAGUAACCAUUACAAAAUCUUCCAACGAUUUGAAUAAAGAAAUCAAAAAGGAUUUAGAUAAAGAAACCGACAAAGAUUUAAAAAAGAAUAUUGAUAAAGAUUUAGACCAAGAUAUAGACAUUGAUUCAGAUAAAGAUUCAAAUAAAGAAUUGCAUAAAGAAUUGCAUAAAGAUUCAACUAAAGAUUCGAGUAAAGAUUUAGAUGAAAAUCUAGACAAAAAAUUGAAUGAAAACAUUGAAGCGAAAAAUAUUGUUGAGAAAAACGUUAAUAGUAAUAUUAAUAUUAACGAUAAUAACGAUGAAUAUGAAAAAUUAUCCAUUAAAGAUAAAAAAUUAAUUUAUUUUAAUUAUUUGUUAAGAAGAUGGUUAAAUUAUACAUCUACUCAAUUAACCAAAUUUGGACUAGAAAAGUUGAAUUCUAGGAUGAAAUCUAAUUCAUUUUCAAUCUUUUUUAGAAAUGAUCAUUUCAAUACUAUGAUUAAAUUUAAAGAUUUAGAAAAAAAUGAAAAAGAAAGCUUAUUUAUAUUAGUUACAGAUGAGGGAUUUCUUAAACAAAAUCAAAUAGUUUGGAGUGAACUAAAGUCUGUUGAUGGUUCAAAUGAUAAUUUCUAUAAUGGGGAAUUCAAAGAAAUAAAAUUUAUACCUAGGAAAAUUAUUGAGAAGAAAACUAUUAAUAACAGUAAAAAUUCAAGUAAUACUUCUCCAAUCACAACUACUAUUACCACUGAUACUGUUGCUGCUAAUAGUAGUAAUUAUAAACCAAACACUAUUAAAGAAACAGGGUUUAGUAAGGAUUUGUACAAAACUGGGGAUAUAUAUAACACUAAUAGUUUUACUAUAGGUAGUGGAAUUGAAGAAAGUGAAGAUUAUUUAUUAGCUAAACAGAUUCAGUUAGAGGAGGAUGAACGAGUUGCAAAGGAAUUACAGAAUUUUUACAAUAAAAAGAAAAGAAAUGAAAAGAGUUACAAUGUGAAAAAACCAGUAAAACAAAAAGACAGUGCUGGAGAACGUAAAGGGGCUUUUAAAAGCAAAAAACUUUUUAGUUCAGCUUUCAACACAAAUAUAAAUAAUUCGGGUGGUGAUGCAAAACCCAACACAGGGUUUGAAAACAAUAGCAAUAUCGGUAAUAAUGAGGGAAAUGAUAAUAUAACUGGUAAAAAAGAUAGAAGUUCCAAAGAUUGUAUUAUGAUGUAA